AUGCUCAGUUAUCACUUAGUGCUUGAGAAAAUGGCCUGGUAUGAUGCUCAGCAAUACUGCAGGGAAAUCUACACGGAUUUGGUCAGCAUUAAAGAUCAGGAGCAAAAUGAAGAGGUGAAGCUGAAAGGAAAGAACAGCAUCAUGUCCUUCUGGAUCGGCCUGCUGUGUGAUGACUGGGAGUGGGCUGAUGGAGGACUCUCUGGCUACAGGAACUGGAGAGGUAAUAACUCUCAGCCAUUUAGCUGCGUAGAACUGGUGAAAGAAGAAUGGUCUCCAGCAGAGUGUAAUGAUCCUGCAUAUGCUCUGUGCUACAGCACAUCCAUUCACGUCAGUGAUGACAGUAUGAGCUGGGAGAGAGCUCUGGACUACUGUAAGGAAAAUAACAGGACUGGUCUCCUACGCAUUGAGUCUGACCUUGACCAGAAAGAGGUGGAGUCUGAACUAAGAAGGAAUAAUGUCUCUGGGCCUGUGUGGCAUUUGAGGACGUUCUCUGUCCCAUGA